AUGCUGUUGUUGUUGUUGUGCUGUGUUGUGUCGGUUACAUUUUACAUCUCAAAUAAAAUUAACUUCGGAUCACAAAAUCUUCUUUUAAAGGUGAAUGGACAAAAUUUGGAGAGCAAUAGUAGUUUGGGAGAAACAUUGGAAUCAAUUUGUCAGUCCUCUGAACCAAUUGCUGUUGAAUUGCAAAGGAAAAAUAAUCGGAACAACAACAACAACGACGACGACAAUGAUCACGACUACGAAAACAACAUUAACAACAACAACAUCAUCAACAGUAACAACAACAGCAACAAUAAUUCCAUCAUUAUUGCUGAAACUGCCAGGACAGCUGAUAAUCCCACUAGCAACAACAUCAUUAAGAGGAACAAAUGCAAGAAUAACGUUGCACUUACGAACAAUAAAUUAAAAGUGAAUUACACAAGCGGUAACCCCGAUUUGCAAGACUACAUUAACAGUGUCAACAUGAACAACAUAAACAAAAACAACAACACAUAUAGUGAAAACAUUUAUGACAGAGUAAUGGACUUACUUGAAGACAUCACCAUCGUUACAAAUGGCGACACCAGACAUCAAAAGAAAAAAGUGUUUAAGAAAAAAUUAGCCACAACACCCGACAAAAACAACAACAACAAAGAUGAUCAUGCUACUAUGUCUACCACUAAUUCGGAUUACAUUUGCAUAGAUGGAGGUCAUGAUGAUGAUGAUGAAGAUGAUGAGGGAGAUGAUGAUGGAGAUGAGGAGGAGGAAGAGGAGGUAGACCAGGAAGAUGAAAAUGCGAUGAUGGAUGAUUACGAUAACAUAGAAUUGUGGUGCGGUAGUAAUGAGACUAGCAUCAACUUCAUUACUCACAUCAAAACAGAACAUGAAAGUGCUUUGCACAAUAAUAAUGUAUAA